AUGUCCGACGACAAGAAGAGCGACGACUACAGAGUCGACAUGCCCUCCUCCAGGACCUCGAGGGCGCCCUCACCCAUCAUGCGCCCUGCACUCAAGAGCGCACCAUCACUUACGGAGAACCCAAUGGCUGCCGUCCUCGCAUACUGCGCAUCUUCAAUUCUCAUGACAGUCACGAACAAAUAUGUCUUGUCCGGAGUCGACUUCAACCUCAACUUCUUCCUGCUAUGUGUACAGUCUGUUGUCUGCGUGACAGCCAUUUCCAUCUGCAAAGCGGCCGGCCUCAUUACCUACAGGGACUUCAACACGGACGAAGCGAAGAAGUGGUUCCCCAUCUCCCUCCUCCUCAUUGGCAUGAUCUACACGGGCACCUGGGCCCUGAAAUACCUCUCCAUCCCCGUCUACACCAUCUUCAAGAAUUUGACAAUCAUCUUGAUCGCAUACGGCGAGGUGCUCUGGUUCGGAGGCUCUGUCACACCCAUGACUCUCUUCUCCUUUGGACUGAUGGUCCUGAGUUCCAUCAUCGCCGCCUGGGCCGACAUCCAGCACGCCUUGAACAGCUUCGGCCAGCAAUCCGAAGCCGCGAACGAGGCCUUGUCGACUAUGCACGCCGGUUACCUCUGGAUGGCCUUCAACUGUGUCUGCUCUGCUACAUACCUUUUGUCCAUGAGGAAGCGCAUUAAGUUGACCAACUUCAAGGACUACGACACCAUGUACUACAACAACCUUCUCACCAUUCCCAUCCUACUUGUUGCCUCUAUCCUCGUCGAAGACUGGUCCUCCGCGAACAUCCAGAAGAACUUUCCCCCUGAGCAGCGCAACACCGUUAUCAUGGUUAUGGUCAUCUCCGGCAUGUCGACUGUCUUCAUCUCAUACACCUCCGCCUGGGCAGUUCGUGUCACUUCUUCUACCACAUACUCCAUGGUCGGAGCCCUCAACAAGCUUCCAAUUGCCAUCAGUGGACUCGUCUUCUUCGAUGCGCCCGUCACCUUUGGCAGUGUCUCCGCCAUAUUUGUCGGUUUCGUCAGUGGUAUCGUCUACGCGGUUGCCAAGGUCCGACAAAACAGCAAGCCCAAGACUGUCUUGCCCACCACCAACAUUCCACUAAGCGCCAGCAGCAGGAGCAUGCAGGACAGUCUAAAGGCUUAG